AUGUAUUUAAAUAUUUAUAAAAAAAUUAUACAAAUGACAGACCAUAUUGCAAUCUAUAAAGCCAUUGUGCUCUGCAUGGUAUGCAGCUGCAUGAAUUCUAGUAUGCUUUGCGCAAGUAAUGAAUACAAUAGUCCCAAUGAAGUAAUGGAUGAAGAGUGGAUGAGAAAUAUAGAUAUAAAAGAUCUGUACGGUGCUAUACCUACCGAGCAUUACAACAGUGCAGUCCAACUAGAAUACACAAGUGAUAUGUAUGAUCUGGGAGAUCUAGAUGACUUGUAUCCUUUAGAAGGAAUCCCAGAAUUAGACAAUACAAGCAACUCCUACUAUCCAUGUGAUCUAUUUAACAUGGAUACUACAAACCAAGCAGAAAAUUUAGGCCUUUUAGAAGGCAUCCCAGAAUCAGAGAACACAGAUGGUGGAUAUUACACAGUGUGCUCACCCAAUUCGAAUAAUGGAAAUCAAAAAGAUAACAUAGUUUAUAUAUUCUAUAAAGAUAUCGAUGGACACACAUUCUAUAUAAAUAGUGCAGAGUGCAAAAUAUACAUAUACCCAACUGGAGAUAUAGCCUAUAUCGAAGAUAUAUUUUAUAUAGUAUAUAGAGAUAGUUUGAACAAUCUUGUCUAUAUAAAUAGUUCUGUACGCCCUUCUACUUUUAACAUUGAAAAUACAUCUAAAGAUGAAUCAAGCAACCAAGGAGAAAUCUUAUUUAAUAGUCUAACUAAAGAAGCUCCGUUAAAGCGUCUAGCAGAGUCUACUUCAAGUGGUUCAGAUGAUAAUCCAAGUGCGAAAAAAUGCAAAAAUACAGAAUUUGUGGAAGAAAGUCAUAAGGACGUUAAGAACAAAACACUGAAUGUAAUAGCACCAAAUAUAACUAGUAGACUGUACUCAUACAACUUUAUGGCAUGUGAUAACUCAAUAAGAGACAACCCCCAUGGGUUUUCAUACUGGUUUCCUAACAGUAGCAUAAAUAAUGAAAAUAUACCAUGCAAAUGUAAAAUCGAGAGCAACUACGAAAUUGGAACUGCCUUUUGGCACCUUGCCACUAGUGCACAUCAUAACUCUUUAACUGAAAAAAUAGAUUGCAUUAGUAGUUUAAAUAAUGUAAGCAAAGAUUUAAAGAAUGCUCCUAACAUCUAUGCAUUCUAUCAUUAUCUCUUUUUGGAGGACUUGAACAAAUAUAUAGAAACUCAUAUAGAUAUAGAUCAUAUUACUGCAAGGUACGACUACACAGACAGAAGUAAGAACAACAUAUGCUCUAAAUCUGAAAUGAAGACAGAAACACUAGGAGAAAUAUAUGAGGAGACCCAAGCAGAUCUUAAGUGGUGGGCCAACAGUAUGUCGAUUAUCUCUGCAAAAACUGAGGAAAUUAAGAGUGCAGGAUCUGCAGAUGCAGCACUAAAAGAAAAGCUGCAUUUGAUUCUAAAGCUACCAGAGAUACUUAGAGACUUGGUUCUGAUAACACCCGAGAUACUGCUAAAGACAAAAAGAGAAAUUGAAAAAACGGUUGAUAAAAAAACUAGCAAGUUUUUCUGCAUUAUAGAGUACUUAUACUACUUAGUAAACAAUCAUAAAGAAAAAAUGAAUAGAAGUUAUAAGAAAGUAUAUGAACUAAUUAAGGAUGAAAAACCUAUAUACGCCUUCAGUACUAUGGUGGUGUACAGAAUUGUCUAUGAUGCAUUCUGUUUGUUCUACCAGUGUGCACCAUUUACCUGUGUAGCUGAUAUUAGGAGUAAAAAAAAUAAUUUUCUUAAAAAAGAGCCCUAUAUUAAAAGCAUUUUUCAGACCCACUACCCACACAUACCGCAGAAUGGAGUCUUUAGACUGCAUGGGAAAAGAGCAAUUGUAAGGCCAAAGAUUAAAGGAUAUAUACAAACUGUAGGGAGAUCUAUGCCGAAUCAGCAGGAAAAUCAAACCAGUGAACUUGUAUCAGAUUUGAGGUAUUUUGAUUCAGAACUUAUAGAAAAUACAGAAUUUUUAAAGAUAGCAGGCAGUGAUCACUAUCAUGUGCAGCUAGUUGAUAACGCCCGCCAUACGGUAAAACUUAUUCCUAUUCCAAUGAUAAAUCCUCCUUUUACUAAAUCUCAUAAAGACCGAACCCAUUCAAUUUGGGAUAUAGUAGACUAUAUAAAAUCUAUACUGAAGUCAACCUAUCCAGAGAAGAGUUCAGAUUUUAAUGUCUACCCAUUUAAGUAUAGCAGAAAGAAUAAAAGUUGGACAAUUCUUGAUAAAUGUGUAGAAGAUGUGGCUUACCCACAGAAAAAUAAAGAUGCCACUAUAUAUGGCAUGAAUAAGAGCUGUCAUGAUAUAGUCUUCUACUACUUUGAAAAGGAUAUACGCACAACAAAAUUUGCAUUAAUAGAGUUUAUAGACCCAAUUGUCUUAAAAGACAGCAAGGUGGCAAGAAUUCCUUUAUUUCUUACAAAUUUUAUGGUGGAUAGCACUUUAGUGGGGCCAUAUAAAAUAAGUGGCUUAGAUGUUUUCAGUAAACCCAAAUAUUCUAGCUGCUAUAAAAAUAUUAAGACUACUAAGAUUUUUUAUGUGAAUUCUCAUAAAUACAUAAAUAGCCAGAACUCAUCUGCCAUAUCAUCGAGUGGCAAUGAACCUCAACCAAAAAGAAGCUACACCGACUACUAUUACAGUGACUUUUUGAUUCGGAAUAUAAAAGACUGCACAUUUUGCACUGCAGAAUGCUUUAGUAUGUUUGCCACAGACAACCAUAUAAGUAUCUUUCAGCUAUCUAAAGUUUGGUGUACACAGAUAAAGAGAAGCGUGCGUGAGUAUACAAACUACUGCUUUCAUAUAAGUGCAUCUCAGAACAUUCAGAGCGAUAGUUUGCUGCAGUGCGAAGAAAAAGUGGCCUUGGCCUUUCUGGAUAUAUUGCAGCGCGAGAGUUCAUCUAGUGACAAAGUUACAUACGGUCUGUGCAUCUAUCAGAGAUCUUUGGAUGGCAAGGAAGUUGCCGUUCCAAUUAUGUGCGAGAAGAUGCGAAAACUUUUGAGUGAGAACAUCAACGGUGAGAUUAAGUCCAAGCAUGCAAAUUUGGAAAGUGACAUUCUUCCUCCGCGCAUCUAUAUUAAACACAUAAAAGAGGAUACUCCUGUCUUUAUCACGGUAAAAACCUUUAACUAUAUGCAGGCAAACCUUGGAAUACACUAUGACAUUAUAGCUGCUCUCUUCUAUAACAACAAUAAUUCCGCACUAGCACCGACACCGAAAAAAAACUAA